CGGGGGGUGCCCGGACCGGCCCUGACGGGACACCGGGAGGGACUGGGGGCGGGGAGCAGAGGCGAGCGCACCGGCUGACGCCGGGCUCGGGAGAUGCUGGAGCCUCCGCUCCGCGGCAUGAGAGGAGCCGCCUCCCCCCCCCCCUUGCCGUCCUCCUUCCCGCUCUGCCCUGGAGGCGGGCGGGUCGGGGACUCUAACGUCGUCCUGAGCCUGGUCGGUUGCCCUCAGGUGAGAGGGAUGGCCGCCCGGGAAGCAGCGUGCUGCUCUCGAAAGGCAAAAUAAACGAGCACGCCUGACUCUGAGCAGCCAAAAAGAGCCCAACGCUCUCCUCCUCCUGCUCCCCCUCCUCCUCGGAAUGGACGUGCCUUGAAAUAAGGGAUGCCCCCCACUCCCAAAAGGGAAACAAGUUCUCCGUCCACUUUAUAUAAAUACCUGCCUGUUUCUGUUCGGCCGCAGAGCUCUGGUUAUUGGACCCCUUCAUUGCUUAGCUAAAAAAAACCCAAAACUAGCCUCUUCCUCCUCCUUGACUUUCUUCUCCUCCUCCUCCAUGGCUGUCCCUAGGGAGGGUGUGACUUUUUUGGCUCAGUUGUUGCCACCUAGUGGAAGCUGUAUUGAUCUUCACAGCUCAUUCCCAAAUCCAGGGACUGCCGAGGGAACCUUUGAUUCACCACUUUCUUAAUCCCUAUGGUUCAUUCUUUAAUGUGGAGUAAGGCAGGAGGCUUAUGACCUGAGGAAGCAUGGCUUGAAUUCUUCAUUUGACUGCAUCUUGCACCCCCUAUAAAUUACUUGAACACUUAGAGCAUGUCUUGUCCUAUCAUCGUCUCCCACCCAUGUGAUUUUGUGUUCUGUUGUAGCCAUGUUUUGUUUGUACUAUGCCUUGGGCCAUUUAUUUAAUAAUGAACAUUUAUUAUAUUUGCAUCCUGACUUUUCUCCAAGAGGCUCAGGCAGUGUAGAUCAAGGAUUCCCAAACUGGUCUUGGCUUCUUUGAGCCUCAUUUAGUUGGCCCAUGGCAUGUGUGUAGGUUUGUGGUUAAAGACGGGGGAAUGGUACACCCAUCACAUUUCAUAUAGAUUUUAAUGGUAUUUUUGCACUUCUUUAUUGUAUUUUACUGUUUUAAAAUUUGAAUUCUAUGGAGUUGUAAUACAGUGGAAUACAAAAUAUGUAAGAACGAAAAAUAGCAAUGAAAAUACAAUUAAAAAUAACACAUCAUCUAGCACAGUGAAAUGCAAUUGUUAAAAUGGGCAGAAACCCACCAAGACUGAUGGGAGUUCUGGCAUGCAGAGGAACAGCCUAUAUCUGCAGAACCAGUGCAGAUGCUGGUCCAAUUUGAUAUUACAUUUCAACAUCAACUCCUGUCAGUAUAUAAAAAAGCAUCAUACACAGGACCUAUCCUUGAAAGAUGUAAGUUUCCCCUGAUGUAGAAUGCAGUGGUCCAUUGCUUGGCAGCAUAUGCAACUGGUUCUGCAGAUAUAUGUUGCCCCCCUGCAAUCAAUAAUGCCCGUCAGUGCCACCAGCAACCCUAAAUGGAUGUGGGGCAUGCCCACCUCCUCACCUAUGUAAUACUCUGUCACGUUAGAUCUGACGGAGUUGCAGUUGUAUUUGAAGUUGAGAAACAAAAGUUAUGCAGGAAGGCAUCUAGUGGCUUUCUUUCAUUUUUAAAACUUCUCCCCCAGCUUUCAUGUUGGAGCUCAAAAUAGUCUACAUAGGUGGUUAUCUCCUAUACAGGUACUGACUGCACCCAGGUUUUAUAGCUUCAACAAGGGGAUUGUGUCUUCUGAUAUUUCGUUGUAAUGCCCAAGAGAAUGAGUAGGGUAGAAAUGAAAGUAAAUGAAUAGAUUAGUUUUCAAAGAUCAGGGUUUUAAAGAUCAUACAAAGUUAUGUUUACAGGUAGACGGUAUAUGUUGUAUAGUCGAUUAGUAAAGGAAAAAAAUACCAAGUAAAAUAUAUAUUUGUAUUUUGCUAGUGAUGAUCUGACACCAAUUGACUAAGUUGGUGUGAUGGCCUGGAAUGUAUAUAAAUACUCCCAAGUGCCUAUAAGCAAAGCAAUCCAACUUUUCUGAGGAAAAGUUGUCUUUUUAGCUCAUUUUCAUUAUUCACACAGUGUUGGAGACAAGCAUGUGGGGCAUACUUAAGGACUCAGAAGACGUACCAUGAAACAGAAAGUAAAAAUCAAUGGCACAAGUCAAGAUGCAGACCACACCAAAUCACUCUGGACCUUCCCAGUCUCCAGCAGUGCUAACCCCAUCAGUAACAGCAACAGGUUCAGUGGUUCUUCAGCCCUCCGUGAAUGGAUCUAUUCCAGAAGCAGCUGUCGAUUGUAAUAAUUCCACAACUGGUCAAGUGGAUUCCAUACCUUCUAGCAACUCACAGGUUCCACUACAAGAUAACAUGGCAAACCCCAAAGAGAAAACUCCAAUGUGUCUGGUAAAUGAGUUGGCCCGUUUCAAUAGAAUUCAACCUCUAUAUAAACUCUUGAAUGAACGAGGACCUGCUCAUGCCAAGAUGUUCACAGUGCAGCUGACUCUUGGAGAGCAGACAUGGGAUGCUGAAGGAAGCAGUAUUAAAAAGGCUCAUCAUUCUGCUGCUAGAAAAGCUCUGAGUGAAACUACUCUCCCCAAACCAGCACCUAGACCACCCAAAAACAAUGUUAAUAAUAAUCCAGGCAGCAUUACCCCAACAGUGGAGUUGAAUGGCCUUGCUAUGAAAAGAGGAGAGCCCGCCAUCUAUAGGCCAUUAGAUCAAAAGCCAGUUCCAAACUACAGAGCAAAUUAUAACUUUCGAGGCAUGUACAAUCAGAGAUAUCACUGCCCUGUGCCUAAGAUUUUCUAUGUCCAGUUGACUGUGGGUGACCAUGAAUUUUUUGGCGAAGGGAAGACUCGGCAAGCUGCUAGACACAAUGCUGCCAUGAAGGCUCUUCAGGCUCUUCAGAACGAGCCAAUCCCCCCCAAAUUACCUCAGAAUGGAGAGCCAGGUAACGAAAUGGAAGACGAAAAAGAUGCAAACAAGUCAGAAAUCAGUGUAGUAUUUGAAAUUGCACUGAAGCACAGCAUGCCUGUCAGUUUUGAGGUAAUAAAGGAAAGUGGGCCACCGCAUAUGAAGAGUUUUGUUACCCAAGUGUCAGUGGGAGAAUUCUCUGCAGAAGGCGAAGGAAACAGCAAGAAACUGUCAAAGAAGCGAGCCGCAAUAGGUGUCCUGCAAGAACUACGGAAACUUCCCCCUCUUCCUGUGAUCGAAAAGCCAAAGCUUCAUUUUAAAAAACGCCCCAGAACAAUGUUAAAGACUGGACCAGAAUAUGGUCAGGGAAUGAACCCCAUUAGCCGUCUGGCUCAGAUUCAACAAGCCAAAAGGGAAAAGGAACCAGAGUAUCUUCUUAUUUCAGAAAGGGGAAUGCCUCGACGCCGAGAGUUUGUUAUGCAGGUUAAGGUAGGAAACGAGAUUACAACAGGUACAGGCCCAAACAAGAAGAUAGCAAAAAGAAAUGCAGCUGAAGCGAUCUUGCUACAGCUUGGCUAUAAAGCCUCAUCUUCACUUCAAGAACAGAUGGAAAAGCCAGGUGACAUCAAGGGGUGGAAUGGCCAAAAUGUUGAAUAUCCUGAAUCAGCAAAUAAUGCACCAAAGGGAAUACUCCAUCUCUCUCCUGAUGUUUAUCAAGAAAUGGAAGCGAGCCGCAACAAAGCAUCCCCUGGUACCCCUGUAAACUAUUUGUCCUCCAAGGAAAUGAGCCAAGCAUCUAGUUGUUUCUUCAGCACAUCUCCUGUCACUAAUAAUACAGCUACAAUUGCCAGGGAACUGCUCAUGAACGGAACAUCUCCCACUGCUGAAGCUAUAGGACUGAAAGGAAUGUCAGUCACUGCCCCUUGUUCUACAGUGCAACCUUCAAAGCAACUGGAAUAUCUGGCAAGGAUCCAAGGCUUUCAGGUACACUACAGUGACAGACAAAAUGGCAAAGAAUGCAUGACCUGCUUGACACUGUCUCCUGUGCAGAUGACUUUCCAUGGUAUUGGAAGCUGCAUUGAAGCCAGCCAUGACCAGGCAGCUUUAAGUGCCUUGAAACAGUUUUCAGAACAAGGACUGGAUCCACUGGAAGGAACUGUAAAGACUGAAAAUGGUUCAUUUGAAAAACAAGUCAAGCAUCUGGGAGAAAAUGCAGACAAUAAACAGACUAACUCAGGCACCAUUGCUCAGGACUGCAAGGAUUCAAAGGCUGUCGUCUAGGAGCUUCCCAGCACCCGUGGCUGCCACUGCACCCUUAUAAACCUGUCAACACGCAACAGGGUGUAUGUGUACAAGGAAAUGAAUGACUAAUACCAUUAUUUGAGUCUUAUGUGAAGACAACACUAUUUUAACACAGGAGAUAGUCUACAUGGUACUGUUUAUUGAAUGGGAGAGAAAUAAAUAAAACUGGCUGUUUCCCCUCCAAACCUUAAAAACUACUGGAGUUUUAAACAGCAAAUAAUUAACUAAGACUUGGUUGGAGAAAUUAAGCUUACAGUUGCUUAAUACUCUGGAGGAAAUGAAAAGUCAGCAUUAGGUUGAGUUAUAAGACUCCUUUAUAGUGUAGAAUAAGUUCAGCUUUCCUCUCUUUUUUUUUAAUUAUGCUUGAAUAUUUUGAAAUUAAUCAAUGACAGUGCUGUGAGAGUUGUAGUUGUUGUCUUCAUAUAUAGUCAUACAGCUUCUCUUUCUAUGUCAACAUUAUGCAUUCUUCAUAGUCUUACAGAAUACAUUAUGCCUGUAAGAUGCACAACUCCAAGUUGUUUGCAAACUAAAGUUUAAAUCAUGACAAGUAUUUGCUUGAACAUUAAUGACCGGUCACAAUAUGCUACAAGAGAAAGCAGUGAUGGUAUUUGAUUUCCCUUGCCAUUCGUUGAUUGAAGAGGCACCUUGCUUCCAAGAAACACAUUCCUCCCUUUGUUCUCUGUUGUGUGAAACACAUCGACACCCCAUUCUGUGUUUUGCAUCAUUCUCUCAUUCACAUCAACUGAGUGUUUUUAAUAACUGCAUUCUGACCACGAAAAGUAGAAAAGGAUGGCAACGUCAUCUCGGAGGACAAAAAGUGGUGGAGCAGGUGUGUAAAACUGCCAGUGGGGCAGAGACAGAAAUUUGCAUUUUUAUUCUGUACUAGCAUAUACAAAUUAACCAAGUGGCCAACACAGUAAAACCACAUCAGUUCAUGUAUGCA